AUGAAUGCCAAGAUGGAGACGAUUCCGGAUCCCCAAGAUCUCCCACCAGACCCCCGUCUCCCAGGCCAACAGCCUCGAUACUCCCGCGACAAUAUCGUCGCUUCUCUCUCAUCUUUCUACCAGAGUCUGCCACAUAUCGACCCCUCACUGGCGCGCUGUGCGCCGUCCGGGGGCUGGCCGGAAAUCACCUCCGAAUCGCUUGCGGCCACGGGAAUGCGACAUUUGAACCAACGAGUCGUCGACUUAAUCAGGCAUCUACCGUACAUGGAUGGCAAUCCCUUUUGGAUCACGCCGGAGACGUUUCCCAUCAACUAUCGUACCGCCGUGGCUUUAAUACCAGCCGUUGGAGUGUUCAAGCCCAAGUGGCUACACGCUCUGUCCCAUGAUCUUCAAUCAUUGAAGGGCUUUCCGCCUUGGGUGAUUCCCCUCACUAUGAGUGUGAAUAGGGACGGCGACAUUUGGCUCUUGGACACUAUGGAUGGAACGGUGACCAAGUACAUCAUUACGGGUCCUGUUUACCCCGAGCCGGUCGGUAGAUAUGAGGAGGGCGACCCACGGAUGUGGAGAGAAACAUUGUGCGACGAUGUUACACUUCCAUUGGGAUCAUGGCUAGAGGGAAUACUUGAAAAGUACAAGACGUUUUUGUACUUUGGUCUUCCCCGUCACAACUAUCCAGGAGUGCUUUGGCAAGGGUAUUCGAGCAAGGAAACCCAGGAAAUCAGGGAGAUUUUGGCUCAAAAUGGAUGGCCAGGAAAAUACAUGGGUGAAGAGGGCCGCAAGAAGCUGGCAGAAUGGUUGACGCAAGCAGACAUAUAG